AUGAAUUGGUUUAACACCUUCUCAGCAUUUAUUUACUAUUCUCUUGUUUUAAUAUCUCAAACCAACGUGGUUUCGGCUCAAAACAUCCACUCAGUCAACAUAACACGGAGUGACAACUUCGACUCGGGUGACAAAGUGAAUUUGGUGGUCGUGAAUUCGAGUCUGUGUCAAGACCAGAAUGCCAUUAAUGCCGAAUUGUCCGCGGCGAAUUGCACUUUGCUUGCUCAGGGAACCGUAGAAUUUGGUGAUAAUUCGUGUUAUAUGGAGUGUGUUUGUAAAAACGAGACUGGUAGUUUUAUUUUACAUGAACAAAAGUGUGGUGACGAUAAAAAAUUACGGCAAGGUAGGUGCACGAAUAAAAGUAUAUAUUUUAUUUUUUCCACUCCACUGAAAAACCAAGCACUACACCAUUUUGCAUCUUAGUUGGGGGUAAGAUCAACAACAGAUAGAGCUAUCCAGUAUAAAUAAAGAAGCGCGUUUCAGUAGAUUUCCUCUUGUAAUGACACUGGAUAAAUAAGAAAUGAUCCUUACUGCAUGGACCUCGUUCUAGGAAGAACAGUUUAGAACUGAUAGAGCUAUCCAGUGUGAAUAAACGGUUACUCUAGUUUAGGUUUCCUCCUGUAGUAAUACUGGAUCAAUAAGAGAUGAUCCUUACUGGAUCUCUAGGAAGAACAGUUUAGAACUGAUAGAGCUAUCCAGUAUAAAUAAAGUUAGUUUAGUUUAGGUUUCCUCCCGCUGUAGUAACACUGCAUGGAUCAAUAAGAGAUGAUUCUUACUGGAUCUCUAGUAAGAAAAGUUUAGAACUGAUAGAGCUAUCCAGUAUGAAUAAACGGUUAGUCUAGUUUAGGUUUCCUCCUGUAGUAACACUGGAUCAAUAAGAGAUGAUCCUUACUGGACCUCCAGGAAGAACAGUUUAGAACUGAUAGAGCUAUCCAGUAUAAAUAAAAUUAGUUUAGUUUAGGUUUCCUCCUGUAGUAACACUGGAUCAACAAGAGAUGAUCCUCACUGGACCACUGGUAAGGUAUAUACAAACUGACAGUGCCAUCCAUGCAGUAUAUAUAAACGUUAUAGUCUUAGUUUAGUAUAUAUUAAUUUCAUCUUUAAAAACUAAACUGGGUCAGUAUAGGGGAAUCAAAACAGUUACGGAUUUUUCAAUUUCACUUUCUAACAGUUCUUUACGCAGCAGAUAAUAUAAGAUUAAAAAAUGUGUUGAGAAAAGCGUAUUAUCAACCAAGAUUUGCCCACGUAACCCAAACAGGAAAUACCCGUACAGAGUAAUCCCUGUGUGAAAUGCAUGUCUAAUACGCCCCCUCUCUAAUAAGCUUUUCUCUCAAUUUAGCUUCGCAACUUCUAUUUAAUUAGCCUUCCAUUGUUGAAAGCAGAAACAGGAGAGAACAAACCAUAUCUCCACGUAUAACUACAUGCAUGAACUUUUAAGUAUAUCAAGUCAGGCCACUAAAAGCAGAGCGAUAACCAUUUAUGUAAAUCCCUUCAAUCCUCGCAGUUUUCGGCGGCAAAGGGCAAUUGUGAUAUGCCGAUAAUGCCAUCGAAAAUGAAGUUAUCGACGGCAUUUUUCUGUCGCCGACAAAUUUUGGUGGUCUCUUGCUUCUCAAUUCGAAUAAUUCUUCUAAGUACGAACCAUAUGGUAUGAACAGAUGAUUAAAAUGGUGUGAACGUCAAUCAACGGAUUUUUCUCGAAUAUCAAACACUUAGAGCAGUGGCGUAACAGAGGGAUAUUAUAUUUAUAUUGAAUAUUUAUAAUGUUCUGGAAAAUUCCGUGUCCCUAACGAAAGCAAUAACAGUCUCCAACACGUGUAACAACUACCUGUAAUGAGAAUAAAUUUUGUUUUCAGUUGAGAUGGAAUAAAAAAAUCAGCUGCCGUUGUUGAUGGAGGCUUUAUUAUUUAGCAUUAUAAUUUUGCAUUUUCCCAUUCAUUCCUCACCUGCAUCUUUUACGUUUUCUAAUUUUCUGAGCGAUAGGCCGUGGCCGCUUAUGGGGUCCCUAACUGUCGGGGGUCCUUAGUUUUUGAACUAAUCCUACCUAAUUAGCGUUAGGCCACUGACUUAGAGUUACAAGAAUGCUGUAAAAACAAUUCAGUUCUAUUCUGAUGUCAUUUAAUGAAGACAAAAAAUUGCCGCCGAACUUACAGUGAUUCAUCAGAAUUGCGCGAGGACUGUUAAACUUCGACCUGCUUAACUCAUAUUUUCUAACAUUACUGUACCUCUCAUCUAAGGUUGUAGCUUCGUAUUUGGCUCAUGGUCCUGGUCAGAAGGCUGGCGUUUCAACUCAGACACUGACCGCCUCUUUACCCUGUAUAUCGAAGAGGGUUUUGGCUUCCAGGGAGCAUUCAAUGUCAGCGCUGACGAAUACAACGAGUGUGCAUACACUAGUUUAUCAACGUACGACGCUGCGGGAAUGUGGGAUGUUUUUACAGCACGGGCAAAUGAAUCUAUUAUAACUUUCUUUGGCCUCAGAGGCUACUGGCACUUUAAUUGGGUACGGACAUAUCUUAUUCAUCAAAUAUAGGGCGGGGUUAAGACGGGGGUCGACGGGUUUAUGCAGAUAGAACAUUUUUAUAGAUUAUUAGGUCUAUCUGAGAGUAUAUACAUGAACUUACGUUUAGACCGGCUCGACAACCGGACUCUAGCUGUAGCUCAGGGGGCUGCUAGCUUGUUCAAAGUUGGAUUAGCACUAACCCUAGCGGUUAAAACCGUUUCACCUGCUGUUUUAGUUUGUGUAUUUCUACACAUCUGUUUAUUUCAAAACUUCAGAGAAGAAAACUCAUACUGAUUCAGACAAGAUCUCUGAAGAAAUAUUGCCAAAUUUAUAAACAUAGUUGUUGGAAAGUUUGCUUUGAAUUUUAGCCGGUAAACCUAGGGUUAAGUUAACCCAGCUUUGAACAACUGGCCCCAGUUGGUUAGAGUACUGCAAUGUCUGCAAUAGACCUUUCCCCUUAUGAGUGAAAUUUUGAUCUAGAUAUGCCUGGACAAAAAUUUCAUCACAGCUUGACUAAGAUCAUCACAAAAUUAGUAAUAUUCCGAAGUUUCGUUGCGAAAUGUUGUAAAAUGCGGAUAAUAUAGCCUUGCGAAGUUUGCCCUUUUUCAGUCAUUUUACAUUACAAACGGGAAAUUGAUAAUCAGUUUGAUCAUCUGAUUAUCAAUUUCCCAUUUGUAAUGCAAAAUGACUGAAAAACGGCAAACUUCGCAAGGCUAUAUUAUCCGCAUUUUACAACAUUCGCAACGAAACUUCGGAAUAUUACUAAUUUUGUGAUGCUCUUUCAAGCUGUGAUGAAAUUUUUGUCCAGACUUGUCUAGAUCAAAAUUUCACUCAAAAGGUCUAUUGCAUUUUUUGCAAUUGCUUCUGGUUAGGUAAUAAUGUAUAAAAAUUUACACUUAAUUUCUACAAAAAUCCUUCAAAUUUAUCGAGUAAGAUGCCAGAAAUUCCGAAAUUUUUCUCUGCAUGGGUUAAGACGGCUACAUUUUGUUCACAAUGUAUGACUAUUCAUCGUUUACUCUCUCUCAAAGAUAAUUGAAGACCUUCCAGAGAGCAAGAAAUCGGAAAUUGAAGGGAAAUUUAUAAGACUGGAUGUGACUUGUCAAAAUUCAAGUGAAGAAAAUGGGAUAGUUGAAGUCACUCAACUGUCAUCUUGUCUUGUCUUUAAAGUGACUGGAAAUAUUUCCCGUGAGUAGACACACUCAACCAUUUUAUUUAAUACUGGAUACCUUUAAUACUUCGAAAGUGUUCUCAUUAAUCAUUAUAGACCUCCACAGUAUUACUACAGGAGGAGACCUCGACUAAACUAACGUUAUUUAUACUGGAAGGACAAUGUUAGCUCAGGAGAAAACCUAAACUAACUUUAUUUCUUUAGAUGAAUAUAAUUUGAUCUCAACAAGCACUGUUGUAUAUCCAAGUACCACCAUUAUUCCUGCAAUCGCAACCACAGAUAUACCCAUUCAAUCCACAAGUGAACAUAUAGAAUCCUCAGUAACCAUUCAAGAACCCACAAGUUCCUUAGUUACUCCCUACACCACCCCCACGCCUUCACAGAGCAAUCCAGUUACCACGAGCAGUUCAGUUAUCGAAAGCAAUCCAGUUAUUGAAAGCAGUUCAGUCAUCGAAAGCAGUUCAGUUAUUAAAAGCAGUUCGGUUAUCGAAAGCACUUCAGUUAUUGAAAGCAGUUCAGUCAUCGAAAGCAGUUCAGUUGUUGAAAGCAGUUCGGUUAUCGAAAGCACUUCAGUUAUUGAAAGCAGUUCAGUCAUCGAAAGCAGUUCAGUUAUUGAAAGCAGUUCGGUUAUCGAAAGCACUUCAAUUAUUGAAAGCAGUUCAGUCAUCGAAAGCAGUUCAGUUGUUGAAAGCAGUUCGGUUAUCGAAAGCACUUCAGUUAUUGAAAGCAGUUCAGUCAUCGAAAGCAAUCCAGUUAUUGAAAGCAGUUCCGUCAUCGGAAGCAGUUCGGUUAUUGAAACCAGUUCAGUCAUCGAAAGCAGUCCAGUUAUUGUAACCAGUUCAGCCAUCGCAAGCAGUCCAGUUGCUCAAAGCAGUUCAGUCAUCGAAAACAGUCCAGUUAUUGAAACCAAUUCUGUCAUCGAAAGCAGUUCAGUGACCGAUAUCAAUCCAGUUAACACACACAGUUCAGUUAUCAAUUCAAUGGCGCAGAGUACCCAAGCCAGUCAACCCAAAAGCAAUGAAGAUCAGAUCGGGCUCGUCUUAGGUAUCGUGGUUGCAGGCAGUGCAGCGGUCGUCAUCGUAAUUGCCGUCAUGGUUAUAACUGCAACGACAGUGUACCAUAAUCACGUGAAACGCGCGCAAAUUAUUCAGAAUGACGCAAUGAACAUACGUUUGAGCUCAUUCGAUAACAUCUCACCGACGCAUAUUUAA